GCCGUCGUGGGUGUCGCUUGCGUCUAACCCGGUCGCAGCCGUUGCGGACGGAAGCGGGUCUCGGCCGCUGGGGCGGGAGGCGCAGUCAUGCCCCGGUAUUACGAGGAUAAGCCGGAGGGCGGCGCGUGCGCGGGCGUGAAGGAGGACCUGGGCGCCUGUCUGCUGCAGUCGGACUGUGUGCUCCAGGAAGGAAAAUCCCCUCGACAGUGUCUGAAGGAAGGAAACUGCAAAGCUCUGAAAUACUCAUUUUUUGAAUGUAAAAGAUCAAUGUUGGAUGCCAGAUCAAGGUUCCGAGGAAGAAAAGGAUAUUGAUGCCAACAUGCUGAAACCAAAAUGAAAACAACAAAGGAUUUUCUCUGGUCACUUAAAACAGAAGCCAACAUAGGAGACACACUUGCCACAUCUGAUGGUUUAGACCAGUAUUUCUCUCCACAAACAGUGGAGAAAAUGGAGGAGUAUAUGUAUAAAGUAAAUGAUUCUCUUCCGCUAAGUUAUUUUUGGAAGAAAAAUUUAAUCAAACAGCUGGGAGCUGGGAGCAUCAUAAUGUGUAUUAAGAAUUGUUCUAAACCACAAAAAGUGGAAAGAUUGUUAUUUUCCAGCUUGACUCUUCAACCAAAUGACUCAUUUUGUAUAUCCUUUGUGAAUAUUAUGAAGGCCACUGAUGGGACUGUUAAAAUGCAUAACAUGCAGUCUGGGGAGAGAAUGUCUGUUGGGAAAGCUUUGGGUAAAGAUUUCUACUCAAUCUGUCCUAUUUAGUUCUAAAAUAAAUUGUGUUUGAUUCCUUGGA